GGUCUUGUGGGGAACGGUCUGUACCUGUGGGUGCUGGGGUGGAAGAUGAAGAGGACGGUGACCACGCUCUGGUUCCUCCACCUGGUCUCCUGUUCUCUCCUCUUCACCCUGCUGAUCCCCUUCUUCAUCAUCUACAUCCUGAUGGGUUUCCACUGGGCCCUCGGCACAAUCAUGUGCAAACUCAUCAGUGCCUGCACCCACUUGGUCAUGUUCUCCUCCGUCUUCCUCCUCGCCCUCAUCAGCCUGGACCGCUACACGCGCACCUGCCACCGUUUCUGGUCCCAGCAUCACUGCACCGUGCGCAAGGCCAAGAAGCUGGUUGCAGGGGCGUGGCUGGUCUCCUUGGCCCUCAGUGCUCCCUACCUGGCUUUCCAGGACACCAGCACGUUGGGAGACGGCAGAGUCACUUGCACAAAUUAUUACUAUAUCUCCAGAGACCAGGCUGGAGAUGCCUGGAAGAAGCACGUACACUUCACGCUGUUCAUGAGCCGGUUCCUGCUGGGCUUCCUGCUGCCCCUCUGCGUCAUUGCAGGAUGCUACAUCCGGAUGGGCCUGACAAUGAAGGAGAAGGUGCUGUCCCGGAGCGGGAAGCCCUUCAAAGUCAUGGUGGCAGCGGUGGUGUCCUUCUUCUUCGGCUGGCUGCCCUACCACCUCUACUAUGGCCUGAUGCUCUACAAAGAUGGGCCCAAGUCAUUAACUGUCAUCUUCCAGCUCAUUUGUGUCAUCAUGUUCUGCGCCAACGUCUGCUUCACGCCCGUCCUCUACCUCUUUGUGGGGCAGAUGUUCCAGCAGGUCUUCAGGAUGUCCCUGAUCUCUCUGGUCAAAGCAGCUUUUUACGAGGAUCUCGACAGCGAUGGGUUGGGGCCUCAUUCCCAUGGGCAGAACCAGCGAGAAACUAACUGCACAGAAGAGGCCCUGCACUCCCACUGGCCCUUCGGCCGGGCCCUGUGCAAGCUCCACUCCUUCCCCCGCUACCUGGUCGUCUUCGCCGGCGUCUUCAUCCUCACCCUCAUCAGCCUCCACCGCUGCCUGCUGGUGGCCCAGCCCGUCUGGACCACCCGGGGUGAGACCUUCUGCGGCUACCAGAAAGAGCUGCUGCCUCUGGCCGAGGUGCCGCUGAGGUGGAGCCGGUUCUUGGGCGGGUUCCUGGUCCCUUUCACCAUCAUCGCCACCUCCUACGUGGUCCUGGCCUGGAAGCUGAGGAAACGGCGCUGGGACGGCUACCGCCGGACCUUCGUUCUUCGCCUCUGCCUCAACCCCAUUCUGUACGGGCUGGUGGGCUACGCCCGAAGCAGGGGACGCCGGAGGGGCUCCUUCCUGAGCAUCUUCCGCAAGGUCCUGGCCGAGGAAGAGGAGGGGACGGGCAUCAGCCAUAAUAGCGGCGAGAGCAGAGGAACCAGGACUCCUGGGUUCGAUUGUCCAGAUCGCCCGUGA